UCCCUGAGGGGAGCUCCAUUGUCUGUGAGGGGAUGGCCGCGGCACCCCCCGCCGCCGCGCCCCCUCCGCGCCCCCUCCGCGCCGAGGUGCGCGGGGCACCGGGCCGCCGCAGCGGGUGGCUGCUUCGUCUCUCCCAAAGUUUUUGGAUCCGCGUCUCCUCAUGAUGUAUGGAUGAUAUAUUGCAUUGUGGGUGUCAAUAUAACUGACGGCCAUAUUUGCCGGUGCUGCUACUGCUGUAAACAACCCAAAGUGUCUGGGAGACACGGAGACGCUUCACUGAAUUUCAGGACGCUUCUCCUCCUCCCGCUGGCCAUGUCUCUGGGAAUGUCUUACAAGCCCAACUUGAACGCCCACAUCCCCGGGACUCCCCUCAACCCGGCUGGGAGUGUUCACUCUCCCUCCACAAGUAUGGCAACAUCUGCUCAGUACAGGCAGCUUAUAAAUGACUAUGGACCCCCAUCUCUAGGCUAUACACAAGGGAUGCAGGGUACCAGCAGCAGUCAAGUACCACAAAGCAAAUAUGCAGAGCUUCUUGCUAUUAUAGAAGAAUUAGGAAAAGAGAUCAGACCCACAUACGCUGGGAGUAAAAGUGCCAUGGAGAGGCUAAAAAGAGGCAUUAUUCAUGCUAGAGGAUUAGUCCGGGAAUGCCUGGCUGAGACGGAGCGAAACGCAAGGUCCUAGCCCAGGAAUUCAGCUGCAACAUUUUCCAUCUCUUCACUGAAGAAAACAAAGUAACAGUUCCUCCUUUUGACUCUUGAAACAUUCAGACAAAUUUCUUUUAUUUUGAAUGUUUUGCCUUUCUGGUUUUGCCCUGACAAAAAUGUAUAGUUAAGAAAGAGAAAACAAAGCAUUUUUCACCUGAGGGUUUGCAUUUUGUAAAGAGGUUAAAACUCCCUAAAAUGUUUAUAAAACAUGAAAACUGAACUGCAUGCAGAGGAAUGCUCCUUCUCUCUUGGGCUAUAUUUGAGUUUUCUUCUUAUCCAGCCACAAUUUCAUUCUGUUUUUUUUCCUUUCACUAUAUUCACUUAACCCCAAACUCUCAAUCUCUCUCAAAGUUUGACAUAAGCUCUAAGGAAUUUUUUUUUUAAAUAAAUGCAGAAUAGCAUGCUGUACCUAGUAGUCUGCUAAGUCACAGUUUGUCAUACAGCAUAGACCCUGCUUAGAAAUAACCUUCCCCCUCCUCUUAUUUUUCCUUUCUUGUUCAUUUUGCAUAAACAUUUGCAUGACUGUUAGUGCUUUGAAGUCCAUUUAAAGUGCAUGAGUUAUAUGGAAAAUAGGGAAACCUAUGAAAUAAUAACAAGGUCCUGGAAAGCUAAUUUCUACAUUAAGGCUGGAGAUUUCAGUUUAAAGUUUGCAAAAAAAAGAAAAAAAAAAAAAAGAAAAAAAAAAAGAAAACCAAGACAAUUCUGGAUAAAUUACUAAAACUGUUAUUUGCAUCUUUGUAUGUAUUUAUUACCUGAUGUAAUAAAGCUUAUUUUCAUUAACAAUUUGUAUUAAAA